UGCUGCAUCGCGCUGUUUAUCGCGGUUUCGCUCGCCCCGGUUUAUGCAUCAACGGGAAAUACCACAACAGGCUGCCGCAUCAUACACCCGCCCCGGGACGGGGGGAUACGUUACCGAGGCCUGACGCUGUCUCAGGUGAAAGCCGUGGAGUCUCUUCCCGUGGAUUAUGAGAUUGAGUUCGUUUGCCGUGGAGAGCGCGAGAUUUCUGGUCCCAAAGUGCGGAAAUGUCAGAGCGAUGGGACGUGGACCGACAUGGACAAACCCAGCCGCUGCCUCCACAUCUGCCCUCGAAUGCACUUGAAACUGGAGAACGGCCAAGCGGAGGUGAGAGGAAUGGGUCGGGUUCCUAUGGAGGGGACGAGCGUCUCUUUCUACUGUGAUCCUGGCUUCCUGCUUGUGGGCUCCAGCCACAGCACCUGCACCAAGGUGGGCAAGUGGGACCACCCCAAACCUACAUGUCAAGUCAGGCGCAUGGAUUCUUCACGUAAGAGAGCGCUGAACGUGGGUGCUCUCUUCCCCAUGAGUGGGGGAUGGCCCGGGGGGCAGGCCUGUCAACCUGCUGCACAGAUGGCACUAGAGGAUGUCAAUAACAGGAGGGACAUUUUGCCGGAGUAUGAACUCAGACUUAUACACCAUGACAGCCAGUGUGACCCUGGCCAGGCAACCCGCCACCUGUAUGAGUUGCUCUACAAUGACCCCAUCAAGAUUAUGCUGAUGCCCGGUUGUAGCAGUGUAUCCACCCUUGUGGCAGAAGCUGCGCGGAUGUGGCAUCUCAUAGUGCUCUCUUACGGCUCCAGUUCUCCUGCGCUCUCCAAUCGUCAAAGAUUCCCGACUUUCUUCCGCACUCACCCAUCGGCCACUUUGCACAAUCCCACAAGAGUCCAGCUCUUCAAGAAGUGGGGAUGGACUAAAAUCGCGACGAUACAGCAGACCACCGAAGUCUUCACCUCCACCCUCGAUGACUUGGAGGAACGGGUGAGGGAAGCCGACAUCGAGAUCACUUUCAGGCAAAGCUUUUUUUCUGACCCAACGGUGCCGGUCAAAAAUCUCAAGAGACAAGAUGCAAGAAUAAUAGUUGGAUUAUUUUAUGAAACAGAAGCCCGUAAAGUCUUUUGUGAGGUGUACAAGGAACGUCUCUUCGGUAAGAAAUACGUCUGGUUCUUAAUCGGUUGGUAUGCGGACAACUGGUUCAAGAUUCCAGACCCGGCCAUCAACUGCACGGUUGAAGAGAUGACCCAAGCAGUUGAAGGCCACGUGACCACAGAGAUUGUGAUGCUCAACCCCGAGAACACACGUGGUAUUUCCAACAUGACCUCUCAGGAGUUCAUGGAGAAGCUUAAAAAACGUCUUGGUACAAACCCCGAAGAGACAGGGGGUUUACAGGAGGCACCUCUUGCCUAUGACGCAAUCUGGGCCCUGGCGCUUGCUCUCAAUAAGACGGCCUACGAGCUGUCUAAGAAGGGACUGCGAUUAGAAGACUUCAACUAUAACAACAAUAUCAUCAGUCAGGAGAUCUACAGGGCCAUGAAUUCCUCGUCCUUCGACGGCGUUUCUGGUCAUGUGGUUUUUGAUGCCAGUGGCUCUCGUAUGGCCUGGACCCUCAUUGAGCAGCUACAAGGUGGCAUUUACAAGAAGAUCGGGUACUAUGACAGCACAAAAGAUAACCUAUCCUGGUACAACAACGACAAAUGGAUCGGGGGGUCUCCUCCAGCUGACCAUACCAAAGUUAUUAUCACUUUCCGGUAUGUGUCUCAGAAACUUUUUAUCUCCGUCUCGGUUCUCGCCGGUCUCGGGAUACUCCUGGGGUUUGUGUGUCUCUCAUUCAACAUCUACAAUAGCCACGUGAGAUACAUCCAGAACUCUCAGCCCCACUUGAAUAACGUGACAGCCGCGGGAUGUAUCCUCGCUCUGGCGGCGGUUUUUCCGCUCGGCCUUGACGGUUAUCACAUCGACACGUGGCGCUUCCCUCUCGUGUGUCAGGCUCGUCUCUGGCUCCUGGGAGUCGGCUUCAGUUUGGCUUACGGCAGCAUGUUUACCAAGAUUUGGUGGAUACAUACAGCGUUUACCAAGAAGGAUGAUAAGAAAGAGCGAAGAAAGCAAUCUCAGACUCUGGAGCCCUGGAAGCUGUAUACCACAGUCUCACUUCUCUUGGGGUUGGAUGUGAUCACUUUUGGGAUCUGGCAGAUUGUAGAUCCCUUGCAGCGAACUAUUGAGGAGUUUACCAAGGAGGAACCCCGAGGAGAUCUGGAUGUACUUAUUCUCCCGCAGCUGGAGCACUGCAGCUCUCUCAAGAUGAACACGUGGCUUGGUAUAGUCUAUGGCUCCAAGGGUCUCCUGCUCUUACUUGGUAUAUUUCUCGCUUACGAAACAAAGAGCGUCUCGACUGAAAAAAUCAACGACCACCGCGCGGUAGGGAUGGCCAUCUACAACGUGGCCGUCCUCUGUCUCAUCACCGCGCCAGUCACAAUGAUCCUGAGCAGUCAGCAGGACGCGUCUUUCGCUUUCUCCUCUCUGGCCAUUGUCUUCUCUGUCUACAUCACCCUCGUCGUGCUUUUUGUUCCCAAGAUGCGACGUCUCAUUACUCGGGGAGAGUGGCAGUCUGAGCAGCAGGACACUUUGAAGACCGGCUCUUCCACCAAUAACAACGAGGAGGAGAAGUCUCGGCUGCUGGAGAGAGAGAAUCAGGAGCUUGGGAGGAUCAUUGCCGAGAAAGAAGAGCGGGUCAUGGAACUGCGCCAACAGUUAAGGUCUCGCAGGACACAGUCGGUCACGGCGCGAGACAACUGCUCUGACAAUCAUUACCCCAACUCUUCGGGGGCAGUCUCUUCUCUCUACCAGCCUGGCCUCCCACUCGCUCGAUGCCUCAUAGCAGAAGGAGGGGACAAGUUGGGCAGGAACAGCUGUGACGGAAGCCGAGUGCACCUCCUCUACAAGUAGGGAGACAUCUCGCUGGAAAUGGGCUGGGGCGCUCUCUUAUUCUACAUAGCUGUAAAUACACUGUGUGACCUCUGUUUCAUCUCAAUCAGUAUGUCUCAUUCCUUCGCUCUCAGAUCCUGUGUGUCUUCCCUCCUUUCAUCCCUCCUCACUCCAGCCCACCACGCCGUCCGCCUUCCCUACCCCCCCUUGUGUCUUAUUACAUCUUUCUGUCUCAUUAUUAUUCGGUUACUUUCUCUCGCACCCAGUUCUCAUUGAAUUUGGCACCUUAUAUUACACAGCAAUCCCUCGCUAUAACCUUCACGUUCUGGGACUGCUCGCUCGCUCCUUCCGCCGCCGUCUUUCCAUGAAUCUGUAUAUUCUCCCCUUAAGUUGCUUUCCCUCAGGGAUCGUUACCGUCUCUGUUAUAUAGAGUCACCCGAAGUCAUCUGCAUCAACACAUCGCUCACAACAUGUUUUCUAAGCUGUGAUUGACUGUUGCAAUAAAUAAAAGAGACACAUUUUACUGUU